AUGGGUUCAAAAGCAUUUGAAGCAGAAGCAAUUGUAUCAACAUUAGAAACAAUUAUUAACGGUGUAAAGCCAAAAAGAGCCGAAGCAGGUGAAACAAUUGAGGUAAGAGUAGGAAUCAAAGGGUACGACCCAGCAAGAGACAAGAGAUUUAGAGGAGAGGUCACCCUUCCAUAUCCAAAGAGAAAUGAGGAAAAGGUUCUUGUGUUAGCUGACAUUCACUUAGCAAAUGCAUUAGAGGGAUCAGACAUUCCAUUCAUCUCCUUUGAUGAGUACAAAGGAAAGACUCCAGAGGCAAAGAAGAGAAGAAGAAACUUGGUAAAGAAGUACCACUCUUUCAUCUCUGUUCCAUCUCUAUACAAAGUGUUCGAGCCAUUGAUAUUCACCGGAAAAAAGAAGCCAGUAUACAUGAUCAAGAACGUAAAUGAGAUCAAGAACUACUAUGAAGAUGUUAGAAGAAAAGUUCAGCUAAAUCUUAAGGCCGAUUUACUUCUUGGAUUCUCAGUGGGUACUACCAAAAUGAACCCAGUUGAAAUAUCCCAGAACGUGUCCACUGCCAUGCAAGCUCUUAUUGGUCUUCUUAAGAAGGGAAUGCAGAACUUAAAAUCAGUUGAUAUUAAAUCUACUCAAGGAAAGACUAUUAGAUACUUCCCAUUCUAA